UAUGUUUGCGAGAAGAACUCACCCUUGGUUUUCCAAAGCAAGCUCAAUCCAAGUUUUAUUAAAGUAGGGUCGUUAAUCUUUCUUCGAUAUUUGCCAAAUUAACGUUUUUUGUUUAAAUCAGUAGAUUAAGUCAGUUAAUUACAACAGAUUUAGUUCAAAUCACAUCAAGCAACAGAUUAAAUCAGUUACUCGAACCUAUUUAGCAUAAAAGAAAGCAAAGUUUGGAAACCGUUUAGAGAAUUCAACAGUAAUACUAUGCUAACUAUUUAAGUGCAAGGUUUUUCAGCACUGUAAGUGUGAAUGACGAAACUAUGAAAAGCAUACUGUUAUCCCCAAUAUCAAUGACGUUUUUGCCUAUGCUGUUUGCUACUGUACCUGUUCCACAAAUAGGAAAAUCAAAAGAAACCUGUAAGGCAUGCUGGUGUGAAAAGCUACCAAACAGCUUGGACUGUCAGCGGUUUGAUCAACUAGACGCCUUUCCCAGCCUUUCACCUGAGACGGCAGGACUAAUAAAAGAAAUAAAGAUCGAGAAUCAACCAAGACUGGCAAGGUUGUCCGCCAAGGAUCUACAGAUUUAUCCAAACGUGGAGAGGUUAACUGUACAGAACACAAGCCUUCGCUAUCUUUCCCCUCAAACCUUUAACCAGUUGAGGAUGCUAAAAGAAGUAAACCUUCGAAACAAUAAUAUAUCCUAUCUACCGUGGACGCUUUUCUUAGAGCAAGGACUGAGGGUCGUUGAAAUAAAUAUCAAAGGAAACCCGAUCGUCUGUAACUGCAGCGCUAAAUGGAUUCAACACCAGAUGUAUCAGUCAUCUAGCAUGUUAGGGCCCUUGGGAGAUCAGAUCACAUGUGUGGAAGAAAAUAAUCUGAAAAAAAAGUGGUCUUUGGCCAAUAUAUCUAUAUCUGGUUGUGAUCUCCCUGAAAUUGAAGUGUACCCUAAAGAAGUAGAUGUCUACGAGAACGAGACAGUAUCCAUUGUCUGUGAAGCAACAGGUCAUCCAUCACCAAUGGUCUACUGGAAUACUACCAAAUUGUACUCAAAUCAUUCUAUUGAGGUUUGGCAAAGCCAAGUGGCUGAUCAAGGGGAAUCUAAUGCCACAUUGUGCAUGGAGAAUGUUACAGUCAUUCUAAAUCUUCAAGGAGCCGAUCCAGAGGACAACGGGCGGAUUUUUUGUACAGCAGAGAAUAUUGUUGGCAGAAAAACCAAUUUCCUUCACCUAAGGAUAAGAUCACCGCCAAGGAUCAAGGUUUUAAAGACAGAUCGUGGAUUCUACUGGAGAAUUGACUUUGAAGUCACUGGUUCCCCUCAGCCUACCCGAUCCUGGUUUUUCAAUGACGAACCAGUGGAUUUUUCUAAUAAUCUCAAAGAAACACUUACUUAUUUAGACCAGUACAGGAUAGCAGGUUACUUAGAGUUCCUUAGAGCCACACAAGCACACGAAGGUCUCUACAUCUUAGAAGUGACGAAUACUUUGGGUCAAAGCAGCCAAGCAAUUGACGUGCGUUUCCAUAAGGAUUUCGAGUUAAUCAAUCAUCCAACAUUUCCACCACCAAUCUUAUCAUCGACUGUCAAAGCCCAUUUGGAUUCCAAAGCAGGGGCCAUCUACUCAUAUUUGCACCAGUCUUCGCAUCAGCCCAAGUAUAAUACCUGUCAUCACGGGAUUACAAACUGCAAAUGUGAGCUCCCACUGAGUCUCACCAUCACGACUGUGUCCAUUAUCUUGGUGCUGGUGGGGACCGUCUGUUUUAUUCAGCGGCGGAAGAGGCGAAUGCAUUAUGAUGAAGACCGGUGUAUGGACCUGAAUAUUCACGUGUGGCCCUGCUGUUUCAGUUCUAAUGAUAAGAAGAUAAACGAAGACAUUGAGCUUCGACAAGGAAUGCCCUUAAACUCUCGAAAAGUGCUAAUAAACCCAAACUACUGCAGCUCGUCUGGUGAUGUAACAUUUAAAGAAAUUCGUUACAUAGCUCAAGAGAAGAUAAGUUUCAUUCAAGUUCUCGGUGAAGGUGCCUUUGGGCGUGUAUACUUGGGAACAGUGGACUACUUGACGCGAGAAGAGCCUACCACAAUGGUGGCUGUGAAAACCCUGAAAGACAUUGACCACGAAGAAGCUUGGAUAAACUUUACUCGUGAAGCUCAGCUGCUGGCAAAUCUAAGUCACGACAACAUUGUUCGUUUCUAUGGCGUAUCGGUAGACGGAGACCCCCUAAUGAUGGUAUUCGAGUAUAUGGAACUUGGCGACUUGAAUAAUUUUUUGAGAAAUAGAGGUCCUGACGUAGUAGUGUACGAUUCCUAUGGAAAGCCUCACGAGACAUUGUCAUGUUCUCAGCUUCUUCAUAUUUCGGUUCAAGUUGCAAGAGGGAUGGAAUACUUAGCAUCUCAGCAUUUUGUUCAUCGAGAUUUGGCGACUAGAAACUGUCUUAUUGGAGGCCCUCUGGUAGUGAAGAUAGGCGACUUUGGCAUGUCACGUGAUGUUUACAGCACCGAUUACUACCGGGUAGGGAAAAACACCAUGUUACCAAUCCGGUGGAUGCCUCCAGAGAGUAUACUGCACCGGAAAUUCACUGCAGAAUCGGACAUCUGGAGCUUUGGAGUACUUCUAUGGGAAGUUUUUACUUAUGGACGACAACCCUGGUAUGAACUCUCCAACCAUGAGGUAGUCCAGCAUGUGACCACCGGACGCCGACUCGCCAAGCCUAGCGCAUGUCCGCAAGAGGUCUAUCAUUUGAUGCUGGGAUGUUGGGCUCACCAACCGGAGGAGAGAUUACAGAUGAAUGCUAUCCACAAACACCUAUCACUUGUAAUAAAUAAUGAAUCGGAAUACUUAGAAGUCAUCGAGUAGAGUAUUGGAAGCUAAAUGUGGCUUUGAAACUACUGUCAAUGCUCAAGCAAAUAUCUUAUAUAUUCUCUCCGAUGAUAAAACAUUUUUAAUUUGGUUAUUUAAACUUUCAACAAUUCAUUUGAUUUAAAAACACUUAUUAUUUUCGAACCGUUACCACCUUAUAGAAAACUUAUCUCUCAGUCUGAUUUUUUUAAUUUUUUUAUCUGGCUAAAUCUUUACUUAUGGUAAUAAUUUUUAUUUACUAAAGGACCAUGUACCCACUCAAGCAGUACUCGGACACAGAGAGAAAAAAAGAACUUUAUAAAAAAUUAACUGAUUAUUAGUCAUUGCUUUAUCUUUUCGUGUAAGAAUGUUUUCUUAGAUCUUUGGAGCAAAAUAUAAAUAUAUUAUUACGGAUUUGUAAACCUUUGUGCAAUAUUACAGGUAAUAUUACUUUUUUAACAAAGACCAUGAGCAUAGAAAAUAUAAUAAAUAUGCUUUAAACUGUUCACUAAAACUGAGUUUAACUGCGUUAAGCGAAUAAUUCUUAAAACAAAUCGGCAUCAAUAUUAAUUACCCCCAAACUGUUAAUUAAUAUUUCUAUUUACAAUUCAAUGAUAUUUAUUUGGUGAAUAAAUACUAAAGUUUUUUCGGAAUUGUACCUUGCUUACUAAUGAAAAACAAAUAUUCCAAAACAUUUAAGAAAACUAGUAAUUAUUUGACGUCCAGAAAAAAAAAAUUCAACGUAAUCUUCCUAGUGUCAUUCAUUUUACCUAUCAUAAGAUACGUUACCUGCAGCCCCCAGUGGCACAGCGGUAUGUCUGCAGAUUUACAACUCUAGAAUUCGGGUUUUGAUACCUGUGGUGGGAGGUGAAAGGCUAUCUCAUGAAUAUACCAAUCAAUCUCUUCCAUUAUUCUCAUUAGUUCUAUAGCUACCACAAGGGGGGGGGGAGGUACAAAAACGUAUACCAGUGUUCAACGACCCUGAAAACGUACUCUUAGAUUGCCAUCAUAUCUGGAUGACCUUUUGAGUGGAUUGUAGGAGGCACUUUGAGACCGCUUGCCAAAUUUGAUCCUAGUAACUCUUAAAACUGUGGAGUUUCCCGACAAAAAUUCCCAAACACACACACAAUGCAAAUUAACGUGGGAUUCCAAACUGAAUAUCUCUUCUUAACCAUUUAUACGUCCUUUUUUUUAGUUAAGUUUAAAUAUCUGUUAUAAAAAACAGUGCAUUUCAGUUCAUUUUGAGCAGUGAACGUAGCGAAGUACAGAUUUUAAUAUUGAUACAAAUAUCAAAGAUAAAUAAUAAGAUACUAUUAUUUAACAUGAAAAGAACAUUAAAAACGGUUGUUAAGUAUCCAUACCCAUUUUAAAAAGGAGAAUGCUCAAUAUAGCUAUAACAGUCUCUCUAAGACAGUUGUAGGCCUAAAAUUAAUGGUCAUAGAUAAAAUACAUUUUAUUUUGUAUCUAUAUUUUGAAGCCUGGAAUGAACAUCAAGUUUUCAGCUUUGUAGCUUAGGGCUUCUAAAAGUGCUUCAUAAGUGCAUGCGAAUUUAAAAAAAAGUAAGAAAGAAUAUUGAAAGUCAUUUCUAUGGAUACUGAAUGUUGUUAGUUUUCAGAACUAUAUAUGUUUGCGAUAUAAAACAAAAUCUACUCUUCCGGCCUGUAGCUAUAUGUGUGCAUGUUGCUGAUGGGUUGUGCCUCUUAUGACGCCAGAAAUAUUCAGCCAAUGUUGUUACUUUUUGUCUUCUAAAUAUGCUGCUUGAAAACAAUGUUGUAAAAAUUUAGAACUAAAAAUAAC